AUGCAAAAUUUAAAUUUUAUAAUAAAUUCACCUUUAGAACAGUUUGAAGUUACUAGUUUAAUUGGACUAAAUGCUCCAAUUUUUGGUUAUUUAAAUACAAGUUUAACUAAUUUAGGACUUUAUUCUUUAUUACUUUUAUUCUUAGUAGUAGGGUUACAUUUUAUGGGUAAUAAUGAAACAAAAAUUAUACCAAAUAAAUGGUCAAUUAGCUUAGAAAGUUCUUUUGCUAGUUUAAGUAGUAUGGUUAGAGAGCAAAUAGGAGUAACAAAUGAAAUCUUUUUACCUUUUAUUUAUUCCUUAUUCUUCUUUGUAUUAAUAGGAAAUUUAAUUUCUAAUGUACCUUAUUCUUUUGCUAUAACUUCUAGUGCUAUAGUAUGUUUAGGUUUAAGUGUUACUAUCUUUAUAGGUGUUACUUUAUUAGCUUUAUCUAUACAUAAAAUUAAAUUCUUUUCUUUCUUUAUACCUUCUGGUACUCCUUUAGCAUUAGUUCCUUUAUUAGUUUUAAUUGAAUUAGUUUCUUAUGGAGCAAGAGCUGGUAGUUUAGGAAUAAGACUUUUUGCUAAUAUUGUAGCGGGACAUACUUUACUGAAAAUUUUAUCUACUUUCUUAUAUAAAUUAUUUUCAGGUAAUUUAGUUGUGGCUGUUUUAACUUUAAUACCUUUUGGAAUUUUCAUUGGAUUAGUAGGAUUAGAAUUAGCUGUUUCUUUCAUUCAAAGUUUUGUUUUAACUUUAUUAGUUUGUUCUUAUCUAAGAGAUGCUAUUAAAUUACAUUAA